AUGGAGAGGAAGAAGGCAAGUGGAGAACAAGAGGAGAAGAUGGAGAAGAAAAUAAUGGAGAUGAGAAGAAAGGAGGAGAUUCGGAGAAGGGAGGAAGAAAAGAGGAAGGAGGAAAGAGAAGAGAGAGAAAGGAAACAAGAAGCAGAAGAGAAAAGAAUGAGAGAGAAGGAAAUAGAAGAACGAGAGAGCAGCGAAGAGGAGAAGAAACAGGUGGAGAAGAAUGGAGAGAAGGGAGGAGGAGACGGAAGAAGCAGAGGAAAGGGAGAGGAGAGGGUACAGAAAAUGGAGAAGGGAGGAGAGAGAGAAAUAAAGGACAAGGACAAAGAGAAGGACAGAUCAGAAGCGGAGAAGGCGGAGAAGGCGGAAUGGUGGAAAGAAGAAGAAGAGGAA